CGCCGGCGCCGGGGGCGCGCCCCGGCAGGCGUGCGGGGCUGGAGCGGGCGUGCGAGGGGGCCUGUGACAGUGGGAGACCGUGUCACCGUUUGUGACACCGUGUCACCGUGUGCGUGCCCCUGUGUGUGACUGUGCGAACGUCUGUGACCAUGACAGUGACGCGCUAUUAUUCCAGACACUGUCCUUCCAGUGAGGAGCGUGAAGUAGGAGGACAGAGGAGCUGCCAUAAAUUCUUAAAGCCAUGUCCAAGGAUUUGGUGACAUUUGGGGAUGUGGCUGUAGAUUUCUCUCAAGAGGAAUGGGAAUGGCUGAACCCUGCUCAGAGGAAUCUGUACAGAAAGGUGAUGUUGGAGAACUAUAGAAGCCUGGUAUCACUGGCAGGAGUUUCAGUUUCUAAGCCAGAUGUGAUCUCAUUAUUGGAACAAGGAAAAGAACCGUGGAUGGUGAAGAAGGAGGGAACAAGAGGCACGUGUCCUGAUUGGGAGUAUACAUUUAAAAAGAAUGAGUUUUCAUCAAAGCAAGUUAUUUGUGAAGAAACAUCCAAACUAGUGAAAAUGGGAAGAAGCCAUCUUAGUCAUAGCCUUGACUGCCCCAGUUUGAGAGAAGACUGUAAAACUGAGGACUGGCUUAAGAACCAGUUAGGAAGUCAGGCAGUACAUUCCAGACAACCGAUCAUCACUCAUAAAGAAAUCCUCACUGAAGAUCAAAGUAAUGAAUAUACUAAAUCUUGGAAAACUUUCCAUCAGGAUGCAAUAUUUGAUAUAAAAAAGACUUUUACCACCAAAGAAAGAGUGCAUAAGCAUGAGCCACAAAAGAGAAGUUACCGAAAAAAAUCUGUUGAAAUGAAACAUAAGAAAGCCUAUAUACAAAAGAAACUUUUGAAAUGUAAUGAAUGUGAGAAAGUUUUCAACCAGAGCUCAUCCCUUACUCUUCAUCAGAGAAUUCAUACUGGAGAGAAACCCUAUGCAUGUGUUGAGUGUGGGAAAACCUUCAGCCAGAGUGCAAACCUAGCUCAACAUAAGAGAAUACAUACUGGGGAGAAACCCUAUGAAUGUAAAGAAUGUAGCAAAGCCUUCAGCCAGAAUGCACACCUUGCUCAACAUCAGAGAGUUCAUACUGGAGAGAGACCUUAUCAGUGUAAAGAAUGUAAAAAAGCCUUCAGCCAGAUUGCACACCUGGCUCAACAUCAGAGAGUUCAUACUGGAGAGAGACCUUUUGAAUGUAUUGAAUGUGGAAAAGCUUUCAGUAAUGGUUCAUUUCUUGCUCAACAUCAGAGAAUUCAUACAGGAGAGAAACCUUAUGUCUGUAAUGUGUGUGGGAAAGCCUUUAGCCAUCGUGGAUACCUAAUUGUACAUCAGAGAAUUCAUACUGGAGAGAGACCGUAUGAAUGUAAGGAAUGUAGGAAAGCUUUCAGCCAAUAUGCACACCUUGCUCAACAUCAGAGAGUUCAUACUGGAGAAAAACCUUAUGAAUGUAAAGUAUGCAGGAAAGCCUUCAGCCAGAUUGCAUACCUUGAUCAACACCAGAGGGUUCAUACUGGAGAGAAACCCUAUGAGUGUAUUGAAUGUGGGAAGGCCUUUAGCAAUAGUUCAUCACUUGCACAACAUCAGAGAAGUCAUACUGGAGAAAAACCUUAUAUGUGCAAGGAAUGUAGGAAAACAUUUAGCCAGAAUGCAGGCCUUGCUCAACAUAAGCGAAUUCAUACUGGAGAGAAACCUUAUGAAUGUAAUAUCUGUGGGAAAGCCUUUAGCUAUAGUGGAUCUCUUACUCUACAUCAAAGAAUUCAUACAGGAGAGAGACCCUAUGAAUGUAAGGAUUGCAGGAAAUCUUUCAGGCAGCGUGCCCAUCUUGCCCAGCAUGAAAGAAUUCAUACCAUGGAGUCAUUCUUGACUCCUUCCUCUCUCUCACCCUCCAUGUCCUGUCAGUUGCCAAGACCUGUAGGUUUUAUCUCCUAAAUAUGCCUUGAAUCUGACUCCAUUUCCAUUACAUCAUCUUUGUCCAAUACAUAGUAAUCUAUUUCAUACGGACUAUGGAAAUAGCUUUCUGAUUGGUCUGAUUUACCAUUUCCUUUGUCAGUUGCCUACAUUGCAGUCAAACUUGUAUUUUAAAAGUUUGAUCAUAUUACUUCCUCAUCGAUACCCUUCAUUAGUACCCCAUAGUUCUUAGGUUAAAGCACACAUUCCUCAAAAUAGCCUAAGAGACCUAAAAGACCCUCCUGCCCCCAAUACCUUGUUCCAGGAUACCUUUCAAAGUACUAUUUCAUGUCAAAACACAUCUCAUUCUUUGGCUCUUUGUCCAGAAUUAAGAAUAUUCCAGCAUCAAACAGAUCUGGGUUCCAAUCCUUGCUCUUCCAUUUUCUAGCCCUCUAGUUUCAGAGAAACAUUUUGUUCUUUGUAAGGUUCAGUCUCUUUAUUUAUAUUAUGGAAAUAAUAAUAGUACUACCUCAAAGGUUGACGGGAGGAUUAAAUGAGAGAAUGCAUGUAAAUUGCUCAGAGUGCCUAGCAUAAAGUAAUGACUUAAUAAACGUUACCAUAAGAUGAGAAAAUACUGUGGUAUACAAAGAGGACCUGGUCACCAGCAAGGGUCAACUGAGAAGUAACAAAAGCAGCACCAGUGCAAGAUUUAAGAGAUUAUGAAGAUUUUUGAUUAGGAACAGUAGUCAUUGUUCUAAAGGUGGGUGAUAAGGGUAUCUGAUACAGUAGCAUUGAUCUUAAAGUCCAUAAUGACAUACAGUAAGAUAUGACUUUGUUGGUAAGAAAAACUAACUUCAUUAGAUAUUCAACAGUUCUCAGAAGCCAGAUUUUAAAAAUCACUAGUAAUAAGUAGGAUUUACUGAGAUAUAUUCAUUUACAUAAAAGACAACUUAAAAAAAUCAAUAACCAAAGAAUAGAAAAUACAAGUUUGAUGCCCUCUCCUAAUUCCAGGUGGUUGAAUUGUAUUAAAUCUCUGUCGUUUAAAACUGAAAAGGUGGUUAUUAAACUAGUACUAAGCUGUAAUUCCAAAACUAGAGAGGAAAGGAAAACUAUAGAUCAAUACUCAUAAACUGGUAGCCCACAAACAUGUUUGAUUUGGUACUCAUCAAUUUAAAAUGAAUACAAAAAAAAAAAAAACCAAAAAAACAAAUAAUUUUAUGUGGGCACACGUUUUCCAGUUCUCCAUAGUUCAAACCAUUCCUCCUUCCAUCUGACUUAUUUUACACUUUCUAUUACUUCCUGACUCCUGGAGGCUUUGAAUAUGCAAUCACUUCAGUAACCAAUUCACAUAUGAAUAUAGGUACAAAGAAAAUGAUGAAAUGGAGAACGAAAAGGAAGACUUGAAUAGACAUUUUAUCCUGCAGGGGAAGACUAUUCUCGAGAUGUUACGAGGCCCAAAAUCAAUCUACAGAUUCUUUGUACCUAACAAAAUCCUAAGAAUUUUUUAAGGCUUGAAACACUGUGUGCAUGUGAACAUACACACAUUCAUACAGAUAAACACAUAAAAUCUAUAAAUAAAGGUAAUUUGUCAGUGGCUUAA